UAUGGAAUGGGGGUGCAGCAGCAGCAGCAGGCCUGAAUAAUCAAUAAAAACUUGCCCUUCCGCAUCACCACCACCACCGUCACCGUCCUCUCCCCGAAGUUAUCCGCGGGGGCGUGAAGAAAUGGCGAGCACUCCCCUCCCUUCCCGCGAGGGACGCCCCGUAUUACGGCAUAGCUCGCUGUCUGGCGGCUCUUUCAUCCUGGACCACCAACAAUACAAGCCAUCUCCCUCGGGACCCUCCGGUUUCAGCAACCUCCUGCGCAGCACUGGAAAUGUUCUUACGGCCCCACUUGUUCUCAAUGGCAGCCUGUCACAGGGCAAGGACGCGCGAGUCAAGGAGAGUGGGAUCGUGCAUUCGAUUUUUAGCAACUCGCUCAGCUCCUUGCCCGCAGAUACACCCAAGCUGGUUGCCACGAUAUUCUACAAGGCCUCGCAGCCAGUGCACCCGCAUAUCCACCCGGAUUCCUCUAGGCAGCCACACUCUCUCCGGGAUUUACCAGCCCCGUCCGUGCCCGAAGGCUCUGCCCCGACGCAGAAUGUCGAAGAGCUUCCACGCGAGCCCCCGCCACAGGAACCCGAGCCUCUGGAUCAUCUGUACGGCCCGUAUGUGUCGCAAUUAUGUCUUACCAAUUUCCUGCAGAUUAUGGAGGAUCUCUCCACCCCGUAUCACCGCAUGAGCAGCUCGCAUAGAUGUCUUGAUAGCGAAGAUCAGCCACGCGUGGUCGAGGUCACAAUCUGCCCGCCGCCCAGUCCAGAUUAUCUAUCCUUUGAUGAUAUGCGCAAGCAUGAGUUUAUAUGGAGAUUUGAACGCGAAUGGAACGUUGAAGUAGUCCUCCAACAGGAAUCAGUGUUUAGGCGCCAUAAGCGGCUCGCCGUGUUUGAUAUGGAUAGCACUCUAAUAAAACAGGAAGUUAUUGAUGAAAUCGCCAGGUUUAUCGGUGUGGAGAAAGAAGUUUCAGAAAUCACUGCACGCGCCAUGAAUGGCGAACUCGAUUUCUCGGCCUCUCUGAAAGCGAGAGUUAGCUUGCUCAAAGGAGUUCCAGCCGACGUAUUCGAGAAACUAAAAUCUAUUAUUACGAUCGCACCCGGUGCCCGUGAACUCUGCCGUGCGUUGAAAAGGCUCGGGUUCAAGAUGGCGGUGUUGAGUGGCGGUUUUCAGCCGUUGGCCGAGUGGCUUGCAAAGGAACUCAGCCUUGACUAUGCAUUCGCGAACCACCUCGUGUCCGACGACUCCACCCAAACUCUCUCAGGCACAUUGUCUCCCAACUACCCAAUCAUCGAUGCUACGCAAAAGAGGAACCUCCUACGCACAAUUGCUGCUGACAACGAUAUACAGAUAUCGCAGACGUUGGCAGUAGGAGAUGGCGCCAAUGACCUGCUCAUGCUUAAUGAGGCGGGGUUGGGGGUGGCCUGGCGCGCCAAGAGCAAGGUGCAAAUGGAGGCACCAACGCGACUGAAUGGAGAAAGUUUAGUUGACAUCUUAUAUCUGAUGGGUCUAAGUGAAAGAGAUAUUAAGGAGCUGAUUAAGGAGUAAGCCCAAGGCUGGCGGAUGAUCAGAACCGCAAGUCGCUUGGCUUGCAACAUUUCCUACA